AUGAUAUUUUUCGUAUGUCGAAAUUUCUUACCUCAAAGAGGAUUCGAACCAUCGGCGUUUAGUCGCCGAGAUGGCGAUCCAACUCGCUUCCAACCGAGCUUUCACAGUGAUUGGGAAUUUGUUGAAAUUGAAAAAAUGGCACAAAUGAUACAAGUAGAGCAGAGUGUGAUGUCAUCAAAUGACGUCACAAGUAUAAUGGCGACUUUUGAAGUGAACGACGACCUCGGCCUCGUCUUGGUUCCAUUGGACUUGUUUAUAUCCACGCCCACCUCCAUCUGCGACGCCUUCCAGCUGCAGACAAGAACGAUAACUCACGAUGAAAAUUUGAUCAACGUCUUCGUGGAUAAUAAUGUGAUAUAUCCCUCAAAUCUGGGCAUGAUGGACAAACUAACCGAGACUUGGACUAUAAAAGGAGAGUCAGAUGAGUUUCUGGAAAAGAUUAUCAAUUUAUUGAGCACCAGAGCCACCAUGUUGUCUUUCACACUGAAUCAGACAAAACUCAAGGGAGACGACUCCAAUUUACAUUUUUUGGCGUUUAUAAAGCCAUCCGCGCCUAGUAUGACGUCACUGAUAGAUUAUCUAUAUAUAAUUAAAAAAGAUGAAAAACACAGUCGAAAGUUUGCAAUAGAGUUAGAUAUAGGACCUACGAUAGAGAGAUGGUGCAGAGCGGUAUUUGGACAGGAUAUGACGUGUAUUGGUGGUAGAUUGGGUGUGACGAGUGGAGAGAUGUUUAAUCCAAUAUUCAACUGGAAUGUAGUCGUUGGUAUCCUUCCCUGUCUACCCGUCACACUUCUAGCUAGUCUAGUAUACAGGGCUUCAAGAAAAGCGAAAUACCGAGUAGAAAAGAAAAUUGAAACAGGGGAAGUGACGUGUUUAUUGGGGUCAAGGUCGAUUGAUAUUGAUGAUCAGAGAGAGGCUUUAUCAGAUCUAACUAGAAUAGCUGUAACACUUUCUGUGGAGAAAUGUCGUCGUUGUGGAUUACUUCUCCGAUUGGAUGAAUUUGUUCCCACGUGUUGUUGUCCUGACAACAAAUUACGUCUUCUACGCCAGUCUUCUACUCAGGAACAGACAACCUCUUUUGUAGCAAACGAUGAUUCCGAGUUACCUGACGACAUCCGCCAAAAGAUCCUUGAGUUUCAUCGGUUUACAGCGUCUGGUCGAGUUGAAACUGUCCGACUGGAUGAAAAUCAUCGCCAUUCCAUCGACAUCGACAGCAAUCCUAGAAUUUCUAUCAGCCAAGUCGACGUAAACGUUACUGACAAAACAUCCCACUGUUCCGACCGUCGGCAAUCAUUAUUAACAGCUCCCGGUUCACGACGUGGCUCACUAGCUUCAUUAGAUGGUGCUCGUAGGAAUUCAUUGCUGGUAUCCGGAGAGGGAUCCAGACGCGGUUCUUUAGUGGAAGUAUGGGAAGCAUGCCGUCGACACCCAUUGACGCCUUCAGAUGGUCUACAACGCAAUCAACCAUCAGGUCUACCCUUGGGUGGCGACUUACGCAGGGAAUCGUUCAUUAACUUGCAGCAACGAGAGCAUAGUAAUUCUGUUGGAUCAGACGAUAGACGAUCAGGCGACGAUUACGCGCGAAAUGGUACCAGACGAGAGUCUGACGUCACACCUAGCAACAACCAGCGUCAGUCUAUCAGUCAGAUUCAAUUUGAGUUGGUUGGAGAUGAAGCAAGACUCCCCGAGUGGUGAUACGCACGCAGCGGUGAAACCUCUGACUCUAAUAUCUUCACAGUAUUCCAAGGCGAUAAUUUCCGUACGGUCAAGUAUCUUUCCCGUAGACCUACCUAGACGUAUUUCCUUUGGCAUCAGUAAUAUGAAAUGCCUCCUUAGCCUAAGCCAACAUAGUAGAUUCUUCUUCACAGUACUUCUCAGUCCUUAUCUGAUUUUUGGCAGAUAAUUCUUAGCUUCCCCGUUCCCCAUUUCUGAAGAGGUCCCCCCUAUUAUUAUACUGACCCCCAAAGGCUAUAUGUUUUAUAUGCAGGCUAGUAGGCUAGUGCACUGUAAAUAUCUCCUUUAGCAAUUUCUGUAAUAGGCCUACGUGUCCAUCUCUCAUCAUGUUAUGAAUUGUUUUGAAAAAUAAAUUUUAUAUUUUGGAAG